GGAAUCACGCAUGCGCACUAGGCUACUCAGUUGCUAUGGGAUACGUACUGAAUCAACAGCGCGUCCAGCGUUGAGCGUAUCAUUACAGCGUCGUUGGAUACAGCGUUUCACUGCGAGUAUUAUCGAAACAUUCAUUUCAUAUAGCUAAGGCUCAAGAGUGCAAACAUGACAGCAGGUUCAGUGGCAGCACCUCAAAUCAUUCCCAUUCGCAUGCCUCCUCCUGGUAAAGCCAAGCAUGAGAUUGACUCCUGCACUCCUGUGGAGAUCAAAUCAGAAUCCCCUGAUGUGAGUGUGCUGUACACACUGGACGGCAGUAAGCCGGAGGCGAUGAAGAGGCUGGGCUCUGGUGGCAGCACUCUGAAGUUUACUGAACCUAUUCGCUUACCUGUGGGAAAAGUGUCUGUGAGAGCCAUGGCUGUCACCACAGAUGGCAGACAGAGUGCUGUCGUCACCAAGGUUUUCAUAGUGGAGCCACUUGCUUCAGAUGAGGAUCUGACUGCGGACCAUGAGGAUGACUCUUUGAAGAAUGGCAGACUGAUCAAUGGCAAGGAUGAUUCAUUAAAGAAUUUGAAGGGGAGCGAAAACGGAGCUGGCGUUUCCUCUAUUAAAUAUUUAGAUAUCCCCAGUGGUGACUCUCGCAGAGCUCCGAAAGGCCCUCGAUUCCUCUCACAGCGCCUCGGCCCCGGUUCAUCUGCACGGCUGACAGUUGAAAACACACAAGUAAAGAACCAGAGUCCAGAUGUUGUGGAAAGUCCCUUAAGAAAUUUGACAAGCACUCAGAUAUCACGGAUCCAGAGAGAAACAGAUUUCCUUAGAUGUCCAAAGUGCUUGAGUCAUCGCCCUUCAGACCCUUUUGCCCAAUUCUGUCUGCACUGUGGAUCACCAGUGCCCCCAAUACCUGGUCAAAGACUCCCCCCUACUGAAGGAGGACAGAUGGGUCUAUGUGUGCACUGUAAAACAAUGGUGCCUCUCAAUACGGCCACAUGUGUUGUGUGCGAGUCUCCACUGGCUCAACAACUGCAGCCGCAGGCUAGUCUGAGACUACAGGAUAAGUUAAUCUGUGGCUCGUGUGGGACAGGAAACCCCUCUCACAUCACACAUUGUGUCACUUGUGAAUCCCAGCUGCUUCAGCAAACCACACCUGUUUUAAGUGGACAGAGAGCUGCACCUAUACCCAGUUCACAGGGCAAAAUGGUCUCCUGCUCCAAGUGCAAUAGAGUCAACCACUCGGAUGCACGAUUCUGCGACUGGUGUGGGGCAAAGCCCGGCCACAAAGUCAGCACUGUGACGUGUUCUCAGUGUGGAGCUAGCAGCCACCCAUAUGCUAAUUACUGUGGUAGCUGUGGUGUCUUCCUGGACGGCCCACCCAGGACGCCCUCACAAGUAAUCCAAGGACAGGACGCACUGGAAGCUGAUCAGUCCUCAGCCACUUGGCAAGCCGUUCCUGCACCAGAAUCUACAACCGUGCCUCCAGCUGCGGGUUUGCGCAUGUGUGCAGAUGCACAGACACAGACAGUGGGUCUGUUUUUCCCAUCCAGCAUUGAGCUGAAAAAACGGAGCCAGCAGAGGGAAAUGGAGAUUAGCAGACAGGAACAGAUGAGUGACAGGAAGCCCCUCCUCACUGCCAUUAGUCCAGGUCGAGGGUUCUGGAGGAAGCAGCUGGAUCACAUCUGCGCUCAUCUGCGCAGUUACACUCAGAAUAAUAAUGAGUUCAGAGCUCUGAUUGGAGAACCUCGGCUGGGCAGAAUGAUCUCUGCUGUUAUUCAGGAGGACAGCUAUGAAGUCAGUCUGCGCAUCAAUUUCAUCUCUGCCUCACCGGAGGGAUCCAGGUCGUCAUCUGCAGGACAGCAGAGCCGAUCUGGGGCAUCAGAGAGUCAGAACCUCAGUGCUGUGACAGAAGGCAGGAAUUCAGCCAGCCCGGAGAGUAACAUUAACACCGCAGCAUCCUCAGCCAACAGAAAGAAGCAGAAAAAGAUCUGGACAUCAGACUCUACAGAAAAGCAGCCAGAGUCUAAAGACAGUCUUCUCCUAAAGGAGGUGGGGCCUGAGGGCCGGGGCCGGAUCUCAAUGGUGCAGCAGCUAUUGGAUGAGGGUGCUGAUCCAGCAUGUUUGGGAAGUGAUGGGCGUCCUGCUCUGGUUGCUGCAGUGCUAAAUGGGCAUCAUGAUGUCAUACCUGUGCUGGUGCAGAGAGAAGCCGACGUUAACCAAUCAUCUGGACCGUUGAAUAACACGGCCCUGCAUGAGGCUGCAGCUCUGGGAAAUGAAGGUCUGAAGAGCGUUGAGAUACUCCUGGGGUGUAACGCAAGUAUCAGAAAGCAGAAUGAUCGGGGCCAGACACCGUAUGAUAUUGCCGUGGCCGCCGGGAGCAGCUCCGUGGUUUCUCUGAUGGCGGCUCACAUGGGACAGGGUCUGCUACAGCGCCACACCAAGGCCAGGAGCAUGUCUGGACUGGAUACCUUCUCAUGAGACAAUGAUUCUCUCAUUGAUUCCGUUGAUGAAGCAAGAUGUUAAUUGUGUUCUGUUGUCUAAUGUUCGCAUCACCAAACUACACUAUUAGUGUAUCUACAGAGGUGGCAGCCAAUGAGCAUGAGGAUUUUCUCCGACCCACACCAUAUACUGUAUAAUUUAAACACGCUUACUGUA